AUCUAUUCUGUUCAGCUGUGCAAAGUAUAGAAAUCAGCUGUAUUGAACUUUAUUUGACUUUGUCAUAUUGUAAUUUAUAGAUUUCUAAGUUUUUAAGGUUAAAGUGUUCAGAUUUUUGGGACAUUUAAAUAACUGUUGCAUACAAAAAUAAUUAAAAAUGGCGAUGAAUUUAACCCCAAUACUUAGGACACCUUUCACAGACGCUUUCGGUUUGCUUGGUCACCACCAGCACUUUGGCCGUUGUGCGGAGUUCGAAUUGGCCAUGAUGGAGUGCAUGGAAGCUUACGGUGUUGACCGAAGUAAAAUAAAAUGCCAGGACCUAAUCGAUGACUUCAAAGAAUGCCAUACACAGAUGAAACAGAUUACUCGGGAAAACAAGAUGAGGAUGGAACGUCAUAAGCAGCUGUUCCGAGGGGAACGCUCCUGGAAGGAACAUUAUGCUCCCCCUCCUAAACAUGACAGCUAUUAAACUUUAUAUAAGCUCAUUUAGUGAGCUCCUUAUAGCACUACAUUCGAGUUCUGUGUAUCUGUUAAUGGAUUUGUGUACUACUAAAUAAAGUUAAUUCAGUUGAUUAUCUAA